AUGACUGUUCCAUCCGACAUACAAAUCAAGUUCGCUUUACGCCCUCAUAGCGAAUUUGACAACUGUUGUUACCCCAACAAUAGAUGUUACAAAUUUUUUAGAAAUACCGACCAAGAACAUGAUCAACAAUUUACAGAGUUUUAUACUCGUUUAUACAAAAUGCCUUUUGACUCUCACGUACAAGGUUGUACCAAGGAACACACUCUCCCUGAUAAAGAUAAAUUAGAUGAAAUUAUCGACUCGGUAAUUUUAUCCGAAUUUCGAAAGGAAAUUGAGGAAAAAGUUUUGUUACAUUCGUCUCUUUAUGAACUAAUCCUUCCUGAAUUCAAAUGUCAUGGAUUGGGGUUUUAUUACAAGCCCGAAUCUGAUUAUGAAAUGUUUAAUAAAAAUUUAGAAGCUUGUUAUUAUGAAGCAUGUCCUAUGUAUGUAGAGAAUGUUGAUUCUACUAUCGAAGUUAAUUACUUGGAAAGAUGGAAUAAAGCAAGCGAACAAGAGAAAGAAAUCUUUGCAUGUAUUGCGAUGUGUGCAAAAAAAGUUUUUGAAUUCAUGUAUCCUAAUUACAAGGAAAUAGAGGAAAAUAUGAAACAAAAUAAUUCAGAAUUUAGUAUUUCAAUUGAAUUUAAUCCAAGGAGAUCAAAAUUAUUUAAAGAUGAUGAAAAAGAUAAAAGUCUUUUCGAUGAUAGAAGGGAAAUGAAUUUAAGGUCUAUUGAGAGGUGCUCAAAAUUGUUGGACAAUCUAACUGAUGAAUCCAGUAAAGGAAAAAAGGAAUUUCAGGAUCGUAAUCUUGUAACUUCUGAACAACCACCACAACCUCCUUAUCCUCAAUUAAGUUUACAUGGAUCAUGGGAACAAAUCGGAAAACGUAUCGAUAAAUCUCAUACAACAUUUUAUUUGCUAUAG